GACGACCACUCCAUGUUCUUCCAGUUCGGCCCGUCCAUCGAGCAGCAGGCGCAGGUCAUGCUCAACAUCAUGAAGGAGUACGACUGGUACGUCUUCUCCAUCGUCACCACGUACUAUCCCGGCUACCAGGACUUUGUCAACAAGAUCCGCAGCACCAUCGAGAACAGCUUCGUGGGCUGGGAGCUGGAGGAGGUGCUGCUGCUGGACAUGUCGGUGGACGACGGCGACAGCAAGAUCCAGAACCAGCUGAAGAAGCUGCAGAGCCCCGUCAUCCUGCUGUACUGCACCAAGGAGGAGGCCAACACCAUCUUCGAGGUGGCCCACUCGGUGGGCCUCACCGGCUACGGCUACACGUGGAUCGUGCCCUCGCUGAUCGCCGGGGACGCCGACCACGUCCCCGCCGUGUACCCCACAGGGCUCAUCUCCGUGUCGUACGACGAAUGGGACUACGGCAUCGAGGCCCGUGUGCGUGACGCGGUGGCUGUCAUCGCCACGGCAACCACCACCAUGAUGCUGGACCGGGGGCCGCACACCCUGCUCAAGUCCGGUUGCCACGGCGCCCCCGACAAGAAGGGCGCAAGUGCCGCCACCUCCAACGAAGUGCUCAAGUGA